AAACUGAACCAGUAUAUAUCGUAUCGUAAACCAUUGCAAACCUCUGAGUCUCCGGAAGCGUUUGAUCUUAUAAAAAGCUGGUUUCAGAGCUGUCAGCAUAACCAUUCACAAUGCAUGAAGACGAUCUCCGGCGAAACGAUUUAUGCAGAUGAACUUCACAAACUGCCGCAUCGACUUCUUGACUUAGGACUUCCGCUCUCCGACGUCGAACCGCGCCUCGUUGAUACAGCCGGAUAUCCAGACGGAAAAUGGGUUGCGCUCAGUCAUUGUUGGGGAAUUCCCGAAAAUCACCCUUUGAAAACUACAAGAGACACCCUGAACGAUCGCAUGCGUGGCAUACCGCUCUCUUCGAUGCCCAAGACCUUUGUCCACGCUGUCAAGGUUACGAAAGCGCCCGGGCUCCGUUAUCUCUGGAUUGACUCGCUAUGUAUCGUCCAAAAUGAUGAAAACGAAUGGCUUGCUGAAUCUCAGGACAUGGGAACCAUCUAUGAAAGAGCAGUGCUGACCCUCGCUGCUUCGUCCGCUGUGGAUUCUACGCUGGGCUUAUUCCUCCAAAGAGAUUAUUCUAGGAUCCACACGCCUUCAACUCAGCUCUCCUUUCUUGAAAAGGACUCUGCCAGUGGUGACGAAUUGCUUGGAGAUUACCAUAUCGGCAUUGAGUGGAGGCAGGAGCCCUUUAUGAAGGCACUAGAUCCGAUGGAUACCACCCUUUCAACCAGAGGUUGGGCCACUCAAGAGUGGAUCCUAUCACGAAGAAUAGUUCAUUUCAUGGAGAAUGGAAUGGCUUGGGUCUGUCAAUCACGAGCCGAAGAUGAGACGAGAUUUGUUAUUGUCGGAAGAGGCCUUGGUCUCCGCGACUGGAGCAACCAGUGGGGAAGCAUCAUACAAGAGCACUCGAGUCGGAAGUUCACGCACCAGACGGAUCGGCUCGUCUCGUUGGAAGGCCUGGCAAGGAAAUUUGCGAAAUUAAAACCUGCCAGUACCUUCUACUCCUUCGGCACAUGGGAAAGCGACUUGCCCGAGCACCUUCUUUGGAGCCCAAAAAUGCUUGGAAAGAUGCUCACCAAUCUGCCGUCGUGGUCAUGGGCGUCAUGCCCCUACGAGCUUUGGUUCAGAUUCCGCGAAGUAGUCACCGGCAAAGACUGUGUUCAGUUCUCGCCAGCUUGCGAGAUUUUAGGACUUAACAAGACCACGGGCAGGCUGAGUGUGCGAGCACAACGGAUAGAGAUAAGUCGAUAUUUCGCGAAAAGUUUUGAUGACGAAGAAAGCUUCACGCCUCUCCGGGCAAGGGCAAAUCACUGGAGUGGCCGCUACAUUGCCGCGUUGGAUAAUGACCCAUCUGGGUGGGCCCUGUUCGACGAUGGCCGCGACUUCAUCGACUCAACCAAACCAGUAUUUUUCCUCGUCAUAGCUGCUGUUUUCCUCUACGUUACCCCGACUUUUGAGAUAUACGGUCUACUGGUAGUUAAAGAUCUUUCUGUCAAGGAUGGCUACGUCCGAGUUGGAGUUGGCGCCGUCUCUGAUGCCAGCUGGUUGGCCCUUCAUGCAGAUUUUCCAAAAGUCGACACCGAUAUUAUCUAGAGCCUGCUUUCUGGACCACUUUCUAUCCGAAGCUCCUCUUAAGUACUCUAAAAUAGAACCUAAACUAGGA